AUGAAAGUUAUUCAUCAAAUUUUAUUGCAAUUAAACGAUAAUCAAACAUAUAAUGGUCUUUCUCGAAUAGCAACUGCAGGAGAUUGUAAUCCUGCUACAGCUCAACUGCAAGAGCUUUAUGAAAUGCUCCAUAUCUUAUCAGGUGGCAUCGAAACAUUGAAUGAUGAUCAACAACGUCUAAGCAAUGAAUCACUUCGAAUUCAGGCAGCACUUCCAACAUUGACAGAGAUAUUAUCGAAAGUUAAACUAUCCAUUGAAGAAUCGAAUGCUUGUCUAGAAGGAAUGAAACACAAUCAAGACAUCCUGAAUCAAGAUUUGACAUCAUUGCAAGAAAAAAUCAAUGAUUUACAAUAUAUUUCAUAUGAUGGAACAUUGGUAUGGAAAAUUACAAAUGUUAAAGAGAAAAUAAGUAAGUUUAACAACUAA